CUGCUCUUGACAGGAAGAUCCGUAAGAAAAUCCAGGAAACUUACCAGUACGAGUUCUUGACCUCAAGAAACCGGAAAAAAAUUCGAAGUCAUUGGAAUAAAAAGAAAGAAAAGGGCUUUGGAAGUUGGUUACUAAGAUACCAGAAGAAGAAAAAUUAUUGGGCUUGGCUGGAUCUUGUGCCUCUUUAGCCAACACUUACCACACGGAGCAGGCCUUACACGCGUGGAAAGCAAUUGCUGAACCAAGCGAGCUAGUUGAGGCCAGAAGGGAUCGGUAUAGGGAUUUUCAUGGCUUCCACCAGCGUGCAAGGAAUAACCUCAUCUUCAUCUUCUCCUCCUCCACUAUAUAUGCAUGAUGUGUUCCUUAGUUUUAGAGGCAAAGACACCCGGAACAACUUUACUAGUCAUCUAUAUUCUAAUCUGGCACAGAGAGGCAUCGAUGUGUACAUGGAUGAUAGGGAGCUCGAGAGAGGAAAGACCAUCGAACCUGCUCUCUGGAAGGCCAUCGAAGAAUCAAGGUUUUCAGUCAUUAUAUUUUCAAGAGAUUACGCUUCUUCACCAUGGUGCUUGGAUGAACUUGUCAAGAUUGUUCAGUGCAUGAAAGAGAUGGGGCAAACUGUUCUGCCAGUUUUUUACGAUGUGGAUCCCUCAGAGGUAACCGAGCGGAAACGGAAAUAUGAGGAAGCCUUCGGUGAGCAUGAACAAAAUUUCAAGGAAAACUUGGAGAAGGUCCGGAACUGGAAAGAUUGUCUCUCUACGGUGGCCAAUCUAUCUGGCUGGGACGUCCGGAAUAGGGAUGAAUCGGAAUCAAUUAAAGUAAUUGCUGACUGCAUAUCGUACAAACUAAGCCUCACUCUGCCAACAAUUAGCAAAAAUUUAGUUGGAAUGGAUUCUCGUCUAGAGAUAUUAAAAGGUUAUAUAGGUGAAGAAGUUGGCGAAGCAAUCUUCAUAGGGAUUUGUGGAAUGGGUGGCAUAGGUAAGACGACUGUUGCAAGGGUAGUCUAUGAUAGGUUUCGUUGGCAAUUUGAAGGCAGCUGCUUCUUAGCAAAUGUCAAAGAAGUUUUUACUGAGAAAGAUGGACGACGUCGUUUGCAGGAACAACUUCUUUCUGAAAUCUUAAUGAAACGAGCUAAUAUAUGUGAUUCUUCUAGAGGUAUUGAAAUGAUAAAGCGGAAGUUACAACGUAAAAAGAUUCUUGUUGUUCUUGAUGAUGUAGAUGACCGUAAACAACUAGAAUCCCUGGCUGCGGAGAGUAAAUGGUUUGGUCCAGGGAGCAGAAUUAUCAUAACAAGCAGAGAUAAACAAGUGUUGACUAGAAAUGGUGUUGCUAGAAUUUAUGAGGCUGAGAAAUUGGAUGAUGAUGAUGCUCUUACGUUGUUUAGCCAGAAAGCUUUCAAAAAUGACCAGCCUGCUGAAGAUUUCGUGGAACUAUCCAAGCAAGUUCUGGGUUAUGCUAAUGGCCUUCCACUGGCUCUUGAAGUUAUAGGUUCGUUUAUGCAUGGAAGAAGUAUCCUUGAAUGGGGAAGUGCGAUUAAUAGACUAAAUGAUAUUCCUGACCGUGAAAUUAUUGAUGUGCUUCGCAUUAGUUUUGAUGGCCUCCAUGAAUUAGAGAAGAAAAUAUUUUUAGACAUUGCCUGUUUCCUGAAGGGGUUUAAAAAAGAUAGAAUAAUAAGGAUACUUGACAGCUGUGGAUUCCAUGCACAAAUUGGAACACAAGUUCUUAUUGAGAAAUCUCUCAUAAGUGUCUCUCGGGAUGAAGUCUGGAUGCAUAAUUUAUUACAGAUAAUGGGUAAGGAAAUUGUUCGUUGUGAAUCCCCUGAAGAGCCUAGAAGGCGCAGUAGAUUGUGGACAUACGAGGAUGUCUGCCUUGCACUGAUGGACAACACAGGAAAAGAAAAGAUAGAAGCCAUUUUCUUGGACAUACCUGGAAUAAAAGAGGCACAAUGGAACAUGAAAGCCUUCUCUAAAAUGAGCAAGCUAAGAUUGCUCAAAAUCGACAACGUGCAGCUUUCUGAAGGACCUGGAGAUCUUUCCAAUAAGUUGCGAUUUCUUGAAUGGCAUUCUUACCCAUCAAAAUCAUUACCAGCUGGUUUACAGGUGGAUGAGCUGGUUGAACUUCACAUGGCUAACAGUAGCAUUGAGCAAUUAUGGUAUGGGUAUAAGAGUGCAGUUAAGUUGAAAAUCAUCAAUCUCAGCAACUCACUAUACCUGUCCAAGUCUCCAGAUCUUACUGGAAUUCCUAAUCUCGAGAGUCUGAUUCUUGAAGGUUGUAUAAGUUUGUCUGAGGUCCAUCCAUCACUUGGACGUCACAAGAAGCUUCAAUAUGUGAAUCUUAUAAAUUGCCGAAGUAUUAGGAUUCUCCCAAGCAACCUUGAAAUGGAAUCGCUUAAAUUUUUCACUCUUGAUGGCUGCUCAAAACUUGAGAACUUUCCAGAUAUAGUGGGAAACAUGAACUGUUUGAUGAAGCUUUGUUUGGACAGGACUGGUAUUGCUGAACUAUCUUCAUCAAUUCGUCAUAUGAUUGGCUUAGAAGUAUUGAGCAUGAACAACUGCAAGAAGCUUGAAAGCAUUUCGAGAAGCAUAGAAUGCUUGAAAUCCCUUAAAAAACUUGAUCUGUCUGGCUGCUCUGAACUUAAAAAUAUACCAGGGAAUUUGGAGAAAGUUGAAAGUUUGGAGGAGUUUGACGUAAGUGGAACUUCAAUAAGACAACUGCCAGCAUCCAUUUUUCUCUUAAAGAAUCUUGCAGUAUUAUCUUUGGAUGGUUUACGCGCUUGCAAUUUAAGAGCACUUCCUGAAGAUAUUGGCUGCUUAUCUUCAUUGAAGUCCUUAGAUCUGAGCCGGAAUAACUUUGUUAGCCUGCCUAGGAGCAUAAAUCAGCUUUCUGGACUUGAAAAGCUUGUCUUGGAGGAUUGCACGAUGCUUGAAUCUUUGCUUGAGGUUCCAUCUAAAGUUCAAACAGUAAAUUUGAAUGGUUGUAUAAGCCUAAAAACAAUUCCAGAUCCGAUAAAGCUAAGCAGUUCCCAAAGAUCAGAGUUCAUGUGUCUUGACUGCUGGGAAUUGUACGAGCAUAAUGGUCAAGAUAGCAUGGGGUCGAUCAUGCUUGAAAGAUACCUCCAGGGUUUGUCUAAUCCAAGACCUGGAUUUGGUAUCGUUGUUCCAGGAAAUGAAAUUCCAGGCUGGUUUAACCAUCAAAGUAAGGGAUCUUCAAUUAGUGUGCAAGUGCCUAGUUGGAGCAUGGGGUUUGUUGCAUGUGUUACAUUCAGUGCAUAUGGAGAAAGUCCUCUUUUUUGUCAUUUCAAAGCCAAUGGAAGAGAGAAUUAUCCUUCGCCAAUGUGUCUUAGUUGUAAAGUCCUCUUUUCAGAUCAUAUUUGGCUAUUCUAUCUAUCUUUUGAUUACCUUAAAGAGCUUAAAGAAUGGCAGCAUGGAUCCUUUAGCAACAUUGAGUUGUCGUUUCAUUCUUACGAGCGAGGAGUGAAGGUGAAGAAUUGUGGUGUCUGCUUGUUAUCUUCUGUAUAUAUUACACCACAACCAUCUGCCCUUUUUACUGUUACAAGCAAAGAAGCAGCUUCUUCAUAUAAAACUUCUUUAGCUUUUUCUUCAUCUUACCAUCAAUGGACGACUUAUGUUUUCCCUGGCAUCAGAGUCACAGACACUAGUAAUGCUUUCACCUAUUUAAAGUCAGAUCUAGCCCUUAGAUUCAUCAUGCCAGCCGAGAAGGAACCAGAGAAAGUAAUGGCAAUUAGAUCAAGACUCUUUGAGGCCAUUGAAGAAUCAGGGUUGUCAAUUAUUAUAUUUGCAAGCGAUUGGGCUUCUUUACCUUGGUGCUUUGGAGAACUUGUCAAGAUUGUCGGAUUCAUGAAUGAGAUGAGAUCGGACACUGUGUUUCCAGUUUCUUAUGAUGUCGAACAAUCAAAGAUAGAUGAUCAAAAAGAGAGUUACACAAUUGUCUUUGAUAAGAUUGGAAAAGAUGUCAGGGAAAACGAGGAGAAGGUACAAAGAUGGAUGGAUAUUCUCAGUGAAGUUGAGAUUUCAUCUGGAUCAAAAAGCGGCAUAGGAGCUCCAGCAACGCAGCAGCAGCAGAUCCAGCUCCACCUUCACCUCCACCAGCAGCUGAUCCAGCAUCUCCAGCUACUCAAGCGGCAGCAGGGAUGGCUCCAGCUGCUCGAGCAGCGGCGGUGGAAACUGCAGCCCCAGCUGCUCCUGUGGCUCCAGAAGCGCGAGCACUUGUCUGAGCAGCAGCAGCAGCUGCUGCGCCAGCAGCUGCAGCUGCUCCUGUGGCUCCAGAAGCGCGAGCACUUGUCUGAGCAGCAGCUGCAGCUCGAGCAGCUGCAGCAGCGAAUGCAGCUGCUGCAGCAGCGAAUGCAGCGGCAGCGGCGGCUGCAGCGGCAGCGGCGGCGGCAGCGGCCGGAGAAGCUGCAGCAGCGGCAGGAGCGGCAGGAGCGGCUGCAGCAGCUGCAGCGGCGGCAGGAGCGGCUGCAGCUGCUGCAGGUGCAGCCGCAGGAGCUGCUCCAGCAGCAGAACCGCCAGCAGCAGAUGCAGCUGCUGCAGCGGCAUUUUGGGCUGCAGCUGCUCCAGCAGCAGCUUGUUGAGCAUCUGCUUCUUGAGCAGCAGCUGCCUGGGUUUUGGUUUGGAAUCUAACUUGCUUUAGCUUGAAGAUCUUCGUCAGUAAUUAGAUUAACGUUUUGCAAUCUUGGUUAUCGGUAUAUUUUUAUUUUGGCGUCUGGUGUUUCUGCGACCGUGGAUUCCAAGAGGUUUUUCCAGCUACUAAUUCUAUAAAUAUAAUGAGAAACAGAAAUGAGAAACUCGUCAGUUUUUCUAUUGAAAUAAUAUUUGUUUUUAUUUUUUAAA